AAGAAGGGAGGCCCACAAAACCACUCUCUCUCAAGUUUUCCUCAUUACAUAUCUUGGAUCCCUCUCCAUUUCUUUAACUCUGUUUCUCGCUGUGUGAGGAAAAACAGAAAAACAGAGGAACUUGCAUUUGUUUUCAUGGCGCUCUUAACUAAUUCCUUCCAAGAUCACAAGAAACCCCUCCGCAAUAAACGCCGGAAAAAACACCCAAACCCAACUCCGCCGCCCUCUUCCGCCCAAUCCUCAUGGGACCAUAUCAAGAAUCUCAUCACCUGCAAACAGGUUGAGGUUUCCAGAGUUCAAGAGCCGGCGAAACGGUCACCGGCGUACUCGAAAUUGGGGUCUUCUUGCAGGUCCAUAUGUAGCUUUAGAGAUGUGGUUCAUGGCAAUGCUAAAGUAGUUCAUAGAGCCGACAACUCGCCGGAAAGCAGCUCCGUCGGACAGGAAACCAGGUUGCUUACUAGAAAACCUGCAAACGGUUCUUCGUCGCGUUCUCUAACGGCGCCGGCGUCGGUGUCGGCCAGAACCAAAAAUGGCGGUUCGGCUUCUGGUUCGUAUAAUUCCUCGUCUUCUAGAGGAAUACAAUUACGAAAACUUUCUGGGUGUUAUGAAUGCCACACCAUCGUUGACCCUAGCAGGUACCCAAUUCCAAGGAGUUCUAUACGUCCAUGUCCUCAAUGUGGAGAGGUCUUCCCCAAGAUUGAAAGCUUAGAGCUUCACCAAUUAGUUCGUCACGCUGUAUCGGAAUUGGGUCCUGACGAUUCUGGUCGAAACAUCGUGGAGAUUAUUUUCAAAUCAAGCUGGCUUAAAAAGGACCGUCCAAUUUGUAAGAUCGAACGGAUAUUAAAGGUCCACAAUACCCAACGCACAAUCCAACGGUUUGAGGAUUGCCGUGACGCAGUGAAGACACGUGCACUCGGAAGCACCAGAAAAAACCCGCGAUGUGCGGCUGACGGUAAUGAGCUGUUGCGGUUCCACUGUAGCGCCUUGUGGUGCGACCUCGGCUCACGUGGCUCAACCGGCUUGUGCGGCUCGAUUCCCGGUUGCGGUGUCUGCAGUGUUAUCCGUCAUGGAUUCCAGUGUAACCCCGGUGGGCCCCCUGGUGUACGGACCACCGCUAGUAGUGGUAGGGCCCACGAUUCGUUUGAGUGUGGCGACGGGCGGCGACGGGCGAUGUUGGUGUGCCGUGUCAUCGCCGGGAGAGUGAAGCGGAUCUCGGAGGAUGCUGCGACGGCGACAGCGACGGAGGAGGAGAAUGUGGCGGCGGCGGCAGCCUCAUACGACUCGAUUUCACGACACUCCGGGUUGUACUCGAAUCUCGAGGAGUUGAUGGUUUUCAAUCCAAAGGCUAUCCUUCCUUGUUUCGUUGUCAUCUACGAAGCGCUCCAAACCUAAUUAACGACGUCGUUUUAGAAGAAAUAUAUGGUUUAAUUUAGUUGUAUUUCUUUCCUUUAACUCCUUUUAUAGUUUUAAAUUUUUUUAAUUUUUAACUUUUCUUGCCUUUUCUUUUACAUUUUUCAAUUAUACUAUUUCCUUCUUGUGGAUGUUAAAUGUGAGUAAUAAAUAAGGGUAUCCAAAUAUUUAAUGAGUUCAGUUUAGAUAAGAAAUUAUGUCACUAGAGAAGAAAAUUGAAAAUUUCUCUCUCUAAUGUGGUCUAAUUUUUGCUCUAAAUUUUUUUUUCUGACUCAUUGGGUACGAGCUUAUUGUUGAUUACAUUUAAUAUCUAUUUAUAGAAAUACUAUAAUUGAAAAUUUUUAACGCAAGAAGUUAAAUUGAAGAAUUUGAAACUAUAGUUCAAUUAUAAAGCACUUUAAAAUGUAAACUCUAAAACAAAUUUGAUCAUGUAUUUCUUUAGGGUAGCUAACUUUACGGUUGUACAUAGCUUUUGACGUUGUAUUUAUCGAAAUUGUGGGUAUUAAUUGUCAUAACUUAUUUUAUCUAUUUUUUUAUUA